AUGUUCGCUACUUUGUUGUUGUUGAGUUGUCUCGCUGUGAAUUCUUGGUCAUUUCGAGUGGACCAAAGCGUACCACAGGCCAUGACAUUGACCGAUGAGGAUUUGGACAUAAUAGAGAGUCCUCAGCUGGUGAAGUGGCCCAAGCGGCGUCUCGAUAAGCCGACCUUUUACAUUCCGGAGGACGAAGUGCCGACUUACCUCAGCGGUCUGCGUUAUCUGCGAGCCGCCCAGAAGCGGUUCAAACCGAAAAUGCCAAUCUUUCUUGGACUCAUCGGAAAGCGCUAA